AUGCCUAAAAAUGAUGUCCAUCUUUGGGAUGUCAAAACAGGAUAAUAAAAAGCCAAAUUAGAUGGUCAUAGUGAUUAUGUUAGAUCAGUCUGUUUCUCUCCUGAUGGAAAUACAUUAGCUUCUAGUAGUAGUGAUUAGUCUAUCCGUCUAUGGGAUGUCAAAACAGGAUAAUAAAAAGCCAAAUUAGAUGGUCAUAGUAGUACUGUCUACUCAGUCUGUUUCUCUCCUGAUGGAAAUACAUUAGCUUCUGGUAGUAAUGAUAAGUCUAUCCGUCUAUGGGAUGUCAAAACAGGAUAAUAAAAAGCCAAAUUAGAUGGUCAUACUAGUACUGUCUACUCAGUCUGUUUCUCUCCUGAUGGAAAUACAUUAGCUUCUGGUAGUAAUGAUAAGUCUAUCCGUCUAUGGGAUGUCAAAACAGGAUAAUAAAAAGCCAAAUUAGAUGGUCAUACUAGUACUGUCUACUCAGUCUGUUUCUCUCCUGAUGGAAAUACAUUAGCUUCUGGUAGUAAUGAUAAGUCUAUCCGUCUAUGGGAUGUCAAAACAGGAUAAUAAAAAGCCAAAUUAGAUGGUCAUACUAGUACUGUCUACUCAGUCUGUUUCUCUCCUGAUGGAAAUACAUUAGCUUCUGGUAGUAAUGAUAAGUCUAUCCGUCUAUGGGAUGUCAAAACAGGAUAAUAAAAAGCCAAAUUAGAUGGUCAUACUAGUACUGUCUACUCAGUCUGUUUCUCUCCUGAUGGAAAUACAUUAGCCUCUGGUAGUAGUGAUAAGUCUAUCCAUCUUUGGGAUGUCAAAACAGGAUAAUAAAAAGCCAAAUUAGAUGGUCAUAGUGAUUAUGUUAGAUCAGUCUGUUUCUCUCCUGAUGGAAAUACAUUAGCUUCUAGUAGUAGUGAUUAGUCUAUCCGUCUAUGGGAAAUCAAAAACAAGUAUUGUUCAGAUUAUAGAUUUAAAGAAAUUUAGGUUAAAAAUACAAGAUACAUUUACUAUUAUGGUUUACCCAUACUUCAAAAGAGAGUUUUUUAUAAAAAACCGUUUCCUUUUAGGAGAAUUAUUGGAGUACUUCUUGUGUCCAAUAUUUGUUGA